AAUCUCUCCGCCUUUGAUCAAAGCGGAGCCCGCAUUUCUACAAGAGACAGUAUUGCGGGAUACGGUUCAUUUUGCAGUCAGAGUGUUCAAACACACGUCUUGACAGUUUUCGGAUGACAUCAAGAUGGACUCGGUUUUAAAAGAAUACGGGCGUCUACAGAAGAGCGGAGACUUUGGCAAGUAUGUCUCUGACAUAGAUCAGCUGCUGGGCGCUUUACAGAAGGCGCGGAACACGAUUAAUUCAGCCCCUCAGUCGCGACGAGAACAGCUGGCUCUGGUAAAGUCAAGCACCACUGCCUUUGCGGAGAAGAUCGGGAACACGCAGAAGGACAUCCAUAGCUCUUUGAGCAAGUACUCAAAAGCGCUUGAUAAGAAAUUCAAAAUUGAUAUCGAGACGUCCUAUAAUCGAUCCGCUUUCCCUCCGUCAAGUCGGACUCUACUCGACCGGGCGAUCGCAAUGCAUCUCAUUCGCGAAGGCCAUUUCGAACCAGCAGACAAGCUGAUUAAGGAUGCAUCUCUAAGCAUUCCCGACGUUAUUGAAGAGGAGUUCAAGAAUAUGUACUGGAUCCUGGCGGCUCUUCGAGGGCAUGACCUCAAGCCAGCGAUUGAUUGGGCUGCCAGUAAGCGUGAGAAGCUGGCGGCAAUGGGAAGCAACCUGGAAUUCAGCUUACACCGUCUUCAAUUCAUUCACUACCUGCUCACUACUGUCGACGAGGAAACAGGGGAACCAGUCAACAGUACCCGAAGAGCACUGCAGUAUGCAAGAGAGAAUUUUGCGCCAUUUGGAGAGCGGCACAUGGCCAGUCUCUCUAAACUGAUGUGCGCGUUUUUGUUCAAUUCCAAUUUAGAAAAAUCGCCCUAUGUGAAUAUUUUCCUAUCGCCAUCUGCUUGGGAUGAUGUUGCAAAGUCGUUUACAAAGGAGUUUUGCUCUCUAUUAGGACUGAGCUCUGAUUCGCCGCUUUACUUGGCUGCUGCUGCCGGUGCUAUUGCGCUGCCAACGCUGUUGAAGGUUGGGACGAUCAUGCGGGAGAAACAUACGGAAUGGAGUAGUGAAAACGAGCUUCCGGUUGAGAUUCCAUUACCAGAGAGCAUGUUUCAGUUCCAUGCUAUUUUUGUAUGUCCGGUAUCGAAGGAGCAGACGACUGACGAGAAUCCACCAAUGAUGAUGCCUUGUGGGCAUAUCGUUGCUAAGGAGAGUUUGGGACGGAUGAGCAAAGGGAAUCCGAAUCAGCGAUUUAAAUGCCCUUAUUGUCCUAAUGAGAGCAUUCCGAACCAGGCUAUUCGAGUUUACUUUUGAUUCUCUUUGCUUUCUUUUUUGAUUCUGCUGAACCAAGUUCGCAGGGGAUUUGGGCGCUGGGAGUUAAUAUUGAUGUAGGAAUGGCU